CCCCCGCCACCAAUGGCGGUCCCGGCGCCUCUGUGGGCUCGCGGCGCGCCGCCUGCGGGGCUGCUGCUCGACAUCAACGGGGUCCUCUACGACGGCGGCGCGGGAGGAGGAGGCGGAGGAGGCACGGCCAUCGCCGGCUCCGUGGACGCCGUCUCCAGGAUUAAGCAGUCGGGUUUGAAGCUGCGCUUCUGCACCAACGAGACGCAGGCGACGCGGGAGGGGCUGGCGCUCAAGCUGCAACGCCUGGGCUUCGCCGUGGACGCCGGCGAGAUCGUGGCGCCCGCUCCCGCCGCCCGCCAGUUGCUCCAGCAGAGGGGCCUGCGUCCGCACCUGCUGCUGCAUCGUGACGUGUUGCCGGAGUUUGACGGCCUGGACGUGAGCGAUCCGAACUGUGUGGUGCUGGGCGAUGCGGCCGAGUUCUUCACGUACGACCGCCUCAACGAGGCGUUCCGCGUCCUCAUAGGCCUCGAAACGCCCGUGCUGCUCUCCCUGGGCAGGGGGAGAUACUACAAGGAGACCGAUGGGCUCAAGUUGGAUGUUGGGGCUUACAUGAAAGCAUUAGAAUACGCGUGUGACGUAGAGGCGGAGGUGGUUGGAAAACCCUCAAAAGCUUUCUUCAUGGCAGCUGUGAAUGAUAUGGGACUCACUCCCAGCCAGGUGCUGAUGAUUGGCGAUGACAUUGUGAAUGAUGUCGGAGGCGCUCAGCUGUGUGGCAUCUCCGCUCUGCAGGUCCGCACGGGAAAGUUCAUGCCUUCGGAUGAGCAUCACCCCAGCGUGAAGGCCGAUGGCGUGGUGGACGACCUGGCGAACGCUGUGGACCUACUGCUGAGCGAGUGGAAGAAGCAAUGAAGCCCAUAUGAGGAUAAUAAAUAUGAGGACAGAGAGAGAACACGCACCGUAUAAAAUAAAAUAAUAGGAGUGUGGCAAGCUACGAUUAAGCGGGUGAACUGGGUUCACACGAGAUAACCAGGGGUUGCCCGCAGAUAAUUUGAAAUGAUUCACGAGAUGUGUUUGUGUCGCUGUGUCGCGUCGCCUGGUGCUGCCCAAGGAAACGUAGCUUUGAGUAUUGGUGAAAAUUUAACAAUCGCCACGGGCUCACCUCAAUCCUCACCAUCAGUGGUGAUGAGGUGUGGCACCGCCACGGCCCGUGGUUUCAUCGCACAGUGUGGUAUUACUGGGGUUUUGGUCUUUUUUUGUUUUUAAUGAACAUGAGCCGAUUGCAAUGCACGGGCGAUAGGAAGACAACCACUAGGCCAGCUGCCCACGGGGUGAGGGGAGGCAAGAGUGAUUGGGUUUACUGCCCCCCUACUCGCGAAGAGGAAGCGAUGGGAAACGUAUUUUUAGGCGUAGUGCGGUAUUGCUGUUAUUGCGACACCACUCCACGAACGCACCUUCCCUACCCGGCCCAUGAGAAGCCACGGUCAGUCAGAUGGGAUGUCUGUGGAUCAAGGGAAAAGUGGUCUGUGUUGGGGCGUGCUCGUCGUUGUGGUUUGAGCGUUAGCAGCACCACGCUUGGCCAUGUGGCCAGAGUUUAUAUGAUAAGGACGACUGUUUUUUGUUGGUCUGCCUCCGCACCUCCAAUUAGCAUGGUUGGCUAUGUUUGAUGCGAAAGAAGUUCAGCAUACAGGGACUCCUCCAUUUACCAACGAGUUCGGUUCCAGAGAUAUGUUCAUAUGUCAAAACUUUACUCCUGUCGAUUCCAAACAUGUUGUAUGGCAUGUACACUAAACACGAGGACUGGCUUUAAAAGUUGUAUACAGCGAUCCCUCGUUUAUCGCGGUUAAUGGGGACCGGAACCCCUCGCGAUAGGUGAAAAUCCGCGAAGUAGGAUUGGCCCCCUAGGAAUUUCCGUAUAUGUGUGUGUGGGUACCAGAAUGUUUAAAAUAUGUAUAUUUAUACUUUAUAUAUAUAUUACUUAAAUCUAUUUAAUUAUAAAACCUUAAUAUUAUACAUUCCCUCUCUCUCUCAUACGAUACGUAUUAUGGUGUUCUACACUCACCAAUGACAGUAGUAUCUUGAGACUUGACUCCAGUAAUGACGACGACGACGAUGACAAUGACGAUGACAAUGACGAUGAUGACAGACUUGUGCAGUUCGAUGAAUGUGAUGAUGGAUGAUGAUGAUGAUGGUGUUACUGCACAGGUAUAAUGAGGUCUUUAAAUCAGUUCGAAAAAUCCGCGAUGCACUGAGGCCGCAAAACUUGAACCGCGAAGUGGUGAGGGAUUACUGUAAUCUUCUUUAGAUGUAGAUGCCACUGGUUCUGCAGAUCUAGAUGCCACCACCGCCAUCUAUUGCGCGGCGGUUGAACUUACGACUCUUGGUUCGAACAGCCAAUUGCACAUACGGACCAGGGUUGUUCGUAUCUCUGAAAGUGCGCAAGUCGAAUGUUCGUAAGUAGAGGAGUCCCUGUAUGCACAAAUCUACGUGAAGUGUUCUCUCAUUUGUCUGAAACUUCAUUUUAUUCUCACUAUAUAAGGAAUUAUCCUAUAGUUCGGACUUUCCUGUAAAAAAAUUGGUCUUGAUAGCUAAAGGAGGGUUUUCUGGGGUAAUUUAAAUGGGUAAGAAUUACAUUAAUUCUGGCUGUCUCGUGUGAGGAGGUAUUCAUUCAGCUGUGGAUUGAAAACGGUGAUUUAUAGUAAUUACGGGAUGUAGGAUACCUAAAAGUGAAUAUUGGAUCUCACAUCUUGCCUUUUUUUCCUUUUAAAACAACGCGCGUAUCGAAUACAUCUGAAGAAGGAAUGUGCAUAAUACUUGAGUUAAUAUGUAGAAAUAACAUAUUGAAAAGUGCACAGUAAUACAUAAUUUAUAUAACUAAUGUAAGCAUUUUUGACACUUGCACUGAAUGCUUGGUUUGGAUAACAUUAGGUGUAAGAUGUUUUAACCUAAAUGAAUUGUGCGAAUGCCGUUGGCAGGGACAUUGAUUGAAUUUCUCGCUCUUAACUGCAGUUCUAUUUACUGUGAUGAAUUACAUGUGAAGUAUUGGAAAUGACGGCAGGAACUUCUUGACGGGUAACACACUUUUAUUAAAUCUUGACGUGUCACAAUACAACGUGUGGUCU